ACACCACUAGACUGAGCACAUCCGAAUUGAGGGCGUCGUGGCGACAGCGGCGUUACCAUCAUGGCCGCAAGCGCCUCCUCCCCUCUCCCCUCCCCGUCUUCACCUCCCCCCUCUGCCUCGCCCCCCGCAGUCAUUCAGGAAGGCGCCUGGGUCAUCUUACAGAUGGGCGACGGCCGCAAUUUUUUUGCCUGCGCACAACAGAAAGGAAUGAUGCGUCUGGGCCGUGUUACCAUCUCGCUCAGCGGCUUGAUCGGUGUGCCGUACGGAAGCGUCCUGGAGGUCCAUCCUGAUCGCCUCGUGCCCCUGCCCGGCACCACAGAGCUCUAUGAGGACCUGUCCGUCGGUGACAUGGACGGGAACGAUUUUGCACGCGGUGGGGCCCCGCUCGGGGAAUACGAUGGAGUCAGCCUGGAUAACCGGGAUUUCGCCGACACGAACACAGCCCAGCGUCUGAGCAUGGAGGAGGUGGAGGAGCUGAAGCGGAGCGGGGCCUCGGGACAGGCAAUUAUUCAGGCGCUCGCCUCCAAUUCCGACACCUGGGAGAAGAAAACGGCCUUUGCCAAGCAGAAGUGGACGCAGAAAAAGGCACACAAAUACGUGGUUCGCGUCCGGGCAUUGGCUGGGUGUGGGAGCAACGUCGCGGAAGCCCUCUUCGUCAAGUCCGGGCUGGUGAAAACGACGGCCAUCCGCCCCGACAGCAUUGCCCAACUCCUUUCUUUCGGCAAUGUGGCAGCGGGUGCCCGUGUCCUGGUUUUGGACUCGUACUCGGGAGUGGUGUUGGGCUGCAUCCUGGAGCGCCUGGGGGGUGAGGGGAAAGCCAUAAGUCUCUACGCGGGCGCGCAGGCGCACAUUGACCAUCUAAAAUAUUUCAACCUUCCUACGGACCAGCUCGCCCCGCUC